GUACUCGUCGGGCUAGACGGUGCGGGUAAAUCCACGCUGCUGCAGACGCUGCUGGGGCAGGACCCGGAGCCCACGAUGCCCACGUUCGGCUUCAACAACGAGUCGUUGACCCGCGGCGGGUUCGACGUGGACGUCUUCGACCUGGGCGGGGGCGAGAAGAUUCGGGGGAUAUGGAAGGCGUACACGGCCGACGUGCACGGCUGCGCGUUCGUCGUCGACUCGAGCGACGACUCGAGGCUCGACGAGUGCGCGGACGUGUUCGCGCGGACGUUGCGGGACCCGCACCUCAGCGGGAAGCCCAUCGUCGUCUUUGCAAACAAGCAGGACGCGCCCGGGGCCAAGUCCGCGGAGGAGGUGGCGAUCGCGCUGGGGCUCGCCACGCUUCGGAACGAGCGGCACCGCGUCGUGGCGUGCACGGCGCUGA